CUCUGGUCUUCUCCUCCUCUGUGGUCCGCAAGCCAUCUCCUUCUACUCACUCCAUACACCCUGGUACACCUUGUUCUGGAAGUCAGGAUGGAUCGAAAGUCGCAGGAAGCACCUGCCAAGUAUGAUUCAGGUGAAGGUCCUGACAAUGUGCACCUCGAGAGGGUGACCUCGACUUUCGACCAUGAUCUCAAGAAGCCGGCCCAGAACUUGUCGCUUGUCGACGCAGAGGUCCAAGAAUAUACGUCGCAUGGCCAGCUUCAUAUCGACGAGGCGACCAACAAGCGCCUCAAGCGCAUGAUUGACCGCCGGGUGCUGGUUUCUAUGAUCCUCACAUACUUCCUGCAAGCCCUUGACAAGGGGACCAUGUCCUUUGCGGCCAUCAUGGGCAUCAAAGAGGACGCGAAUCUGGAAGGAGGCCAGAAGUUUUCCUGGCUCACCACGUGUAUAUACAUCGCCGUCCUCUGUGUCGAAUACCCGACCAACUGGAUCAUUCAGCGCGUACCGAUCGGAAAAUACCUCGGUAUAAACAUCUGCCUUUGGGGUAUUGUUCUUGCACUCCAUGCUGUGUGCCACAGCUUUGCCGGCCUGGUAACGGUCAGAACGCUCCUGGGAAUAUUCGAGGCGUGCUGCCAGCCCAUAUUUGUCGUGCUCUCGUCCAUGUGGUACAAGAGAGAGGAGCAGGCGUCGGUCGUGACCUAUUGGUACAUGAUGAAUGGUGGCCAGCAGAUCAUCGGCGGGCUUCUGGCUUACUGCUUCACACUCAUCGACAAGGCGGCCCUGAAGUCCUGGCAGAUCCUGUUCCUUGUGUAUGGCUGCAUCUCCUUCGUCUGGGGCCUCUUCAUCAUAUGGUGGCUUCCCGACUCACCGAUGCGCGCCAAGUGCUUCAGCGAAGAGGACAAGCACCUCAUGGUUGAGCGCUUGAGAUCCAAUCAGACGGGUAUCCAGAAUAAGGAGUUCCGUGCCUACCAGGUCUGGGAGGCUUUUCGUGAUCCGCAGAUGUGGUGCUACUGCGUCAUUCAGAUCACCACGACACUUCCCACCAGUGGCCUCGGCAGCUUCUUCGCCAUCAUCAUCUCAAGCUUCGACUUCUCCACCUUGCAUACGCAACUGCUUGCCAUGGUGCUGGGAUUCUACAUCAUCUUUGUUCUCCUCACGUCCUCGUGGUUGGUGAAGAAGUACCAGCAGAAUACCCUCGUGAUGUUGGGAUUCAUCGUUCCAUCUUACAUCGGUACCAUCGUCUUGAUGACGGUGAAGAAUACAUCUGUCGCCACGAGGGCCGGACUCCUCUUGAGCUACUACAUCACCAUGUCAUUCUUUGCAGCCCAGACUCUGACGCUGUCCAUGGUCUCACGCAACACCGCCGGACAGACGAAGAAGACGGUCGUGGUGGCGUCGACGUUCAUCAGCUGGGCUACUGGAAAUGCAAUUGGCCCACAGGUUUUCCUGGACUGGGAUGCUCCCAGAUAUCGCAUCGCGUGGAGUGUGCACCUGGCCUGCUACGCUUGCAUGACUCUUGCCGUCCUUUUCCUCCGGUUCUACCUGAAGCGCGAGAACGCCAAGAAGGACAAGAUCAUGGCCGAGGCCGGUUCAUCGUCUUCCUCUGAAGAAGAAGAAGAAGAGGUUGCCAAGGUUGCCAGGCAUGGUGCCGAAGGUUUGAAAGGAGUCUCCAUCAAGCCACCUCUGAGGAUCGAAAACGUUCGCAUCGGGAAAUACUUCCGUAUCUGGUCGAUCGGUAUUGAUACCUCUAUUGCAUGCCCAGGUAUUGAGGAGGAGCAUCGUGUUGGGCGGGAUGCUCGCGCCCUCCCACUUUACCGUUCCGUGGGUCGCCUUGGGCAGAGCGAGCCGCAGGACAACGAAGUAGCGGCCGAUUUCCUUCACAAGAGCUUCGAUAUAGGCGAUAUUGAAGAGGAGCGUAGAUCUCCUCUCCUCCCUGAAUUCUUUGCGCAGCCCGGGAUGUCAGAUGAGAACCCAUCUGUGUCUGAGGUUGUGAGGCCCGACACGUCUACUUCAACUCCACUCCAGGAUGAGAGAGGCCAAGAGAGUGCAAUCGUUAUCCAGCGACGAAGGAAGUCACGUUCAUGGACCUCUCCAUAUGCGAUAGCUGCAGCUGGAAUUGCCCUUCUUGCCAUACCGUUGAGCUGGGUCGUUCCCGGUGAGGCUCCAAUCGACCCCAGCGACUACGCAUCGCGCACCAGAAGAGUACUGCAGACGACUCCCCUGAUCGACGGCCACAAUGACCUCCCGUGGCUCAUGCGCGUGGAGCUGCAUAACCGCAUUCGCAGCGAUGAGUUUGACCCGAGACAGAAGCUGCUGGGCCACACAGAUAUCUCCCGUAUGCGACAGGGCAUGAUGGGCGGGCAAUUCUGGAGUGUCCAUGUCCACUGCGACAGCGCGCAGAAGCAUUUCGAGGAUCGUUCGUGGGCAGUCCGCGAUACUCUCGAGCAGAUUGACGUGGCCAAGAGGUUCAUCUCGGAAUACCCCGAUGUCUUCACCUACUGCACCACCCCGGCGUGCGCGCGUAAGGCGUUUGGAAGUGGACGCAUUGCAAGCAUGCUCGGCAUCGAAGGCGGUCAUCAGCUCGGAGGUUCGAUCGCGGCCUUGCGCCAGGCAUACGACCUCGGCGUUCGAUACGUCACGACGACACACAACUGCGAUAACGCCUGGGCCACCUCCGCUUCUACGGUGGCAGCCAACGGGCCUGAUGCGGACAAGGGGCUGACGAGAUUCGGCGCGGCGUACGUCAGGGAGAUGAACCGGCUGGGAAUGAUGCUGGACUUGUCGCAUGUCUCCCACCAGACCAUGAGGGACGUUCUAUCACUCACACGCGCACCAAUCAUCUUUUCUCACUCUGGAGCCUACGCUGUCUCGCCGCAUCUGAGGAACGUCCCAGAUGAUGUUCUGAGAAGUGUCGGCCGAAAUGGGGGGAUCGUCAUGGCCGUGUUCGUGAACCGGUUCUUGAACGCCAGGGAUCCCGACGCUGCAACUAUACAUGAUGUUGUUGACCACAUUCUUCACAUUGCAGACGUCGCCGGCUGGGAGCAUGUUGGCAUCGGCUCUGACUUUAGCGGCACGCCGUAUACCCCUUCUGGGCUUGAGGACGUUUCUAAAUUCCCCGACUUGAUUGAGCUCUUGAUGGCUCGCGGUGUUUCGGACGACCAGAUCCGACUCCUGGUCGGCGACAACAUUCUUCGUGUCUGGGGAAACAUUCAGCACAGGGCCUUGGAGAUACAACAAGAAGAACUCCCGGUUGAGGAUGAAUGGGAGGGACGGUCCUGGCAGCAUGGAUACAAGAGCUCCCCUUACAUGUUCCGAUCGACUCGGGACCGCGCCGUCAGGGAGAAUUGGGUUCUCGGGAGCCACCGAUACGUGAUUCAUUCUAUCAUGCCUGGCACCGGGGUUGUCGAUGGCAAGGUCCCCGCCACAGUCGGACAUCAGGACGCUCUGUCCGCGUCUGCUUCUGAAGCCGAUAGCCUGUCCAGCCGCGUUCUAGUGCGCAGACUCCUCCGGAAGACCGACCUCUUGGUUCUUCCCGGUCUCUGUCUGGCAUACUUCACUAAUGUUCUAGAUAGGAGCAACCUGGGCAACGCCAAGACGGAUACCAUCGAGAAGGAUUUGAAUCUAGGGGCAAAUGAGUUCUCGACAAUCCUCAUAGUCUUCUACGUUCCGUACGCCCUCUUCAACAUCCCAUGGUCAAUCCUGUCCAAAAAGUACAAUCCCGCAAUCGUCAUCCCGCUGGCCGUCUCUCUCUGGGGCGUCGUCACCAUGGCCUCUGUCGCAUCGAAGAAUGCCGGACAGCUCAUGACGUGUCGAAUCCUUGUCGGAGCAAUCGAGGCGAGCUACAAGCCCUGUGAAGUGUUCUACCUCAGUCUCUUCUACACCAGGAAGGAGAUGAGCUUUCGCGUGGGCAUCAUUGGACAGAUGGGAUUCAUUGCUGGCGCUGUAUCGGGCCUGAUUAGCUGGGGUGUCUUUCGGUGGAAUGGGAAGUUACAUGUAAGUCAUGUCUUCGUCGCUGCUUGGCUGUUCACCUGGGCUCCACGCAGUCCUGAGAAGUGUCGCUUCUUCAACGAGGAGGAGAAACAGCUAGCCCUUUCACGUCUAAAACUCGACUCCCAAGACCAGGACAAGCAGUUUCGGUGGUCCGAUGCCAUCUCCCAGCUCAAGAUGUGGCAGACCUGGGUCUUUGCUUUCAUGUCCUUGUUGUACGGUGUUGGUGUUGCCAGCAGCUCGAAUUUCCUGCCUACCAUGGUCAAGCGCCUAACCAAGGAGACCGUCCAGGCAAACCUCUACACCGUGGGGCCCAACCUGGUAGCCUCCGCUGUCCAACUUGUCAUCACCUGGUUGUCCGAUCGCUACCAAGAGCGCUCUUACUACUCGUGCGGAAGUGUCGUCGUCUCCAUCAUCGGCUGGAUUCUUCUUGGCGCCCUUAACCUCGUCGAGCACCCAGAUGUCGGGUACUUCCUAACGUACCUCAUCCCCUGCGCGACCUUUAUCCCAAGCAACCUUGUCCCCGUGUGGCUGUCCUCAAACACGCCGACGACCACUGGCCGUGCCGUAUCCUUGGGCCUCAACUAUACCUUCAUGAACCUUGCGGGGAUCAUAUCCUCCGUCUCUUUUAGAGACAGCGAGGCACCUGUGUACAGAUCAGCGCUGCUCUCGGCAGGCGUCACACAGGCCGCGUUCGCAUUCACGGCUCUUGCCAUGAGGUUCUACUACGUACGGCUGAAUAGGGACUUGGACGGUGGCAAGCUCCCGCAUGCUCCUGGGAUGGCGAAGCGUCCGGAUUACAGAUAUGCCGUAUAG